CUAGGAAUUAGCGACACUUUUAUCAUAGAAUACUUAAUAUCGAAUAUAAUAGAAAAUCUGAUUGGUAGAAAUAAGUUUAUAAAGAACGAACGUUUCUGCAAUAAAUAAAUUUACUGCUGUUGUUAUCCUGUUGAAGGUCGUUUGAGUUUACAAGCAAAACCACGUGGAGUGACCUUGUGUCUGUUUUGGAGUUCUUUUAAGGGCGAUCAUGAUGUUGUCGUUAAGGAGAUCGCUGAAAAUAGUGUGGUAUGCCCUUAAUUCAAGGCAAGCAAUCCAUUGCUCUCCAGUUCCCUUCUGUGAGUGCAAACCACCAAACCAAUUCGAUGUUAAAAUGCUGGAUAUUUUAGUGUGUCCUCUUUCAAAGAAGCCUUUGAGGUAUGAUGCUGAGAAUGAAGAACUUGUCUGCGAGGAGCUCCAGGUUGCUUAUCCAAUCACCGAUGGCAUACCAAAUUUGGUACCAACAGAUGCUCGCAUGUUAAACCCAAAACAACAGGAACAAUAACAGUGUGUUUAUUUCAUACUCGUCUUUCCUGACAAACCAUUACAUUAUGGGGACGUAAACAAACCAGCACUGGUUGUCCAGGAUUGUGUUGGGGGUUGGGUCACAGAGACACACACACACACACACACGUAUCUACCAUGAUCACCAAAUGGAUUCACUUUGCUUGAAUUUACAUUGGUGGCACGAAUGAUUUUAAGUGCAGUUAUUUUGCACAUCUGAGCUCUUUCACAUGUUGAGCUAGAA